AUGGAAGCCAAAGAACAGGGUUUGUACAAUCAUCCAGAUGACGACUUUCGGUACGGUAUGGGUCGAUUCUUCAAAAUUCUCCCAACACGCCCUUACAUGCACGCUCGUCUUGGUUACAGGGCUGCCCUGACAUUCGUCAGAAAUGUCGAGUCAGUUCAAGUGCAGCUUGAAAAUCUCAUGGAGAACCUGCGACUCUGCCGCAGCGACAACGUUAGAUCUAAAGACAUGGUUCCUGGUGUAAUGAUCCGUUUGAAGAAGGAUCAGGAAUGCUACAAUUUCUUGAAAUGGUGGGCUACAUCUGCCAAGGACCCCCAGUACAAUUGGGGUGAUCAGACCCUGCCAUACCUAGAUAUCAGAAAUGCCAAUCCACUCGAGCCGAUCGGCGCUUUCAUUGCUUAUGAAAAUGCAACGGAAAAGAAUCGCAAACUCAUGGAUGGGAUGAUGGAACUCAAGGACUCGACAAUCACUAGGAAUCCACACGUCGCCAAUCUGACAUGUCUCCAAGCCGAGCCUGAGAUUGCGAAGAUGAAGGCUCAGAUUCGCCAAUUGUACCACAUUGUCAACCAAGCCAACUCUCACUUUUGGCCGCAGCUUCUUGACCCUGACGAGAACUUGAACGCUGCACCUGUGAUGUACGCUCCUGGAAGUAAGGAGGAGAUGCAAGCGGCUAUCAUUCAGACUUGGCAAGCGUGGAAUGAGACCUUUGUCGCGCUUCAUGUCAUUCAUGCUAUAGUUAACGGCGAGGAAUUCUAG